GGAGUCGAGCUUCACGCUCUCAGACUAUUUUCGUUCAUUUACUUUUACUAGUUUCUUUUUCACAAAGACGAAAGUGUACAGUGCUAAGCCUUGCAGUCAUUAUCUUCGUUUGUGGUGGAUACAUUAAGUGAUUUUUGUUUUAAAAAAUUGUGAAGAAUGUUGGUUUAUUAGUGAAAUUCGUCGUGACAAUGGAUGCGUGGGGUAAUUUUGAUAUAGGGGCUGCUGUAGUGAGGGAUGAUUUAAAUAGUAGCGUCAGAAGAACCAAAAGAACAACCAUAGAAAAACUGCCUGACAAAGUCCUUCUUCACGUAUUCAGCUAUCUAACCCACAAAGAGAUCUCCCGCUUGGCGAGAGUCUGCAAAAGAUGGCGCUUAGUUGCUUAUGACACUAAGCUGUGGAAAAACGUAUCCUUACGACCAGAAAUAUCGGGAUUGCACGUUGGAUCAUUAGAAUCCCUACUGGCGCUUAUAAGUAUACGAUUUGGACCAUCAUUGAGAUACAUUGAGCUUCCUAUAGAGUUGAUAACACAUACUGUUUUACACGAGUUGGCCAAUAAGUGCCCCAACUUGACACACAUGUUGCUUGAUUUUAGUACUGCCAUGCAGCUGCAUGAUUUCAGUGAGCUACAAGCUUUCCCAACUAAAUUAAGGUACUUAUGUAUUUGUUUAUCAGAAGUAAUCUUCAUGGAAGGUUUUAUGAGGAAAAUCUACAACUUUAUUAAUGGUUUGGAGAUUAUACACCUCAUAGGAACAUACGAGAAAGUUGAGGAGGAGGAAGAGGAAAUUUAUGAAGUUAUCAACAUACACAAACUAAAAUCAGCAACACCAAAUUUGAGAGUUAUUAAUUUGUAUGGUAUUAAUUUUGUUGAUGACAGCCAUAUUGAUGCUUUCAGCUCCAACUGUAUUCAGCUGGAGUGUUUAGCUGUCAACUAUUGCUCCAAAGUAUCAGGAUCAACAUUAAAAACCUUAAUGCAAAGAAGUAGAAGGCUCAAAUGCCUACUCAUGAAUGGAACAAAUCUGCAGAGUGAAUACUUUAUGCAAGUAGAAUGGGAAAAAUCAUCACUUGAAGAAUUUGACAUUACAGCUACAGAUCUAAGCACAGAAGCUCUAUCGGACAUGCUUUCCAGAAUUCCCGGCCUAAGAUUCUUAAGUGCGGGUCAAUUAAAUGGUUUUAAUGACCAAGUACUAAAAGCUUGGAUGGAUUCUGGAAACUCCAGGCACUUGGUUGCUUUGGAUUUGGACAGUUCUGAUAAUCUAUCUGAGGAUGCUAUUUAUAAGUUUUUGUGUAAACAUGGACAUCAAUUGUGGGGUCUGGGGUUAUCUGGAAUGACCCAUAUUACCGAUCAGCUGUGGCAAUCGGUUUUGCCCAUAUUAACUAAUGCAAGAAUAUUGGUGCUUGGUACUCAAGAAAGGUUGGGCGUUAAUAUCUUAGUGGACCAACUCAUGGACAGUAUUGCGAGAAAUUGUUCGAUUCUCGAAAGAAUUGAGCUAAGAUGGGACCCAGAAAACUUGAGGUUCUCAGAUAAAAGUCAAAAAGCCAUAGAUACCUUGAGGGUAAAAUGUUUAAAGUUGAAAUGCUUGAGCCUAAGCGAUGGUCGUUACUAUGAAAUUGUAAAAGCAAAUUUCGAAAGAGCUGACCGUAUGACUGUAGUCAGAACUUUGACAAAUUGUAGAGUCUCGAACUAUUACUUACUUUCAAACUAUAAGGAUCUUAUUUUUAAUUGAAUUAAAGUGCGCUUAAACAAAAUUAACUAUGUAUAGUUUACCGGGUGCUGUUUGGAAACUACAAUAAAAACAUUUGUAUAUAAACAAAACAUAAAUAAAUUAUAAACCAAGCACUUUGUACAAUCUGUUAUACAUAGUGAUGUCAAUUUUUGGUGGAGGUUUUUACACAUAUGUACAAGCCUAUUAUAUUAUGAUAUUUUAAAGUCUGGUCAUUAUUUUUCAUGCAUUAUAAGACCCUUUCUUUUGAAUACAAAAUUAUAUACAACUUGUAACAACUCUUGUGGAAAUUUUUCUCUGAGAAUAAGACUUAAUAGGUCUUAUUCUGACUUUUUCCGGUACCUACCAUUUCUCUGCUAAAAGUCUUAUUAAGUCUUAUUAACUCUUCCAGAAGACUCCCAAAUCUUGCUAUUAGUCUGACUUACUAAGACUUAUUCUAGACUUUUUUCGACUUAACAAUUCUUCCAAACGCAUAGGCAUAAUAUGGUCGACAGUCGAACUCAUACACAGAUUAUAAAACUCAUUGCUGCUUUCAUUGGUUCAUGUUUUAUACAGUGUUGCCGGAUGAAUUUCAUAAAAGUUCCCGACCAAAAAUUACAAACUAGGUACUAGUUAUAUUUUAAAUUUACCAGCGCAUUCGCCCUGUUUAAAAAAAUAAUUAAUUUAAUUUAAAAUUUUUAUAUAAGUAAAUAAAAAUGUAACAGAAUAUCCUAUAUAGAAUAAAAUAAUUAUGCAUUUUUAGUAAACGUACAAUAUUAUUUACUGAAAAUAUCUUCAGUUAGUAUUUUGAUCGAAAUUCGCAAAAUAUCCGAUUUUACCCUUCAAAAUUCUACCCGCAAACAUGACGAAAAUACCCGAUUUCCGAGUAAAAUACCCACAAACGGCAACACUUGGUAAGUAGUGACAGGAGAGCUAUCUUGAAAACGCGGGAAGAUGCCAUCACAUGACAGAUCAGAUGUGCUCUAAUUGGUCAGCUGAGAAAAUCGAUAUUGUGUGACA